AUGUCCACGGCCUUAUUUUUGGACAAGCCACUGCUUAAAGUCAGUCGGCCGGUCGCUGCAUGCUCGAGAUGUCGGACGGCCAAAAUCAAAUGCGACGGGAAGCUGCCUGCCUGUUCCGCAUGUGAGAGGGUCGGGAAAGCAGCUACCUGCUCCAGUGCCAGCGAUGAGUUUGCACGAGGGAAAGAGAGAAGCUACGUCGCCUCCUUGGAGGCAUAUUGUGAACGACUGGAGAAAAGAGUUACAGAACUCCGUCAGCGCAAAGAAUUGCUGAUCAGUGACGAUGAUGGCGUCGUUCGGGAGAGCUCAAUCACGUCCGCCGCGCCGACACGUCCUGUCUCAGAUACCCACCGACGCGAGGUUUCGGAUAUAGAUGACCUGGUUGGGGAUUUUGGCUAUCUAUCUGUAAGCGCUACCUCGAGAGAUUUCCACGGGAUCACCUCGAAUACGUCGUUUGCCAAUCUCCUCUUGUCAGUUUCUCUUGGAGAGCCCAUUCCAAGAUUAUUACCUCAACCGUUACCGCCUCGACAUGAGAUCACUCCACUCGUCCAGCAUUAUUUCGAUACUUUCUUCAGCCAGCUGCCUUUCUUUCCCGAAGUCAGCUUCUGGGCUUCGGUUGAUAUCGUCUAUCAGAAAGGCGCCCAUUUUGCGAAGCCAUUUGAUAACUGGAUUCUGCGAAUGGUGUUAGCCACGGCCUAUGCUUCUAUGUCAAAUGCCUAUAAUGACAAGAGCCACCAGAAAGCCCUUGCUCUUGUUUCAGAGGCAUUGCAAUAUGCCGAAGAUGUCCUCCGGCCGGGAACCUUGCUUGGUAUUCAGGCAAUCAUGUUUCUCGCUCAGUACUCCCUGGUUGACCCGAAUCAUUUUCGAAGCUGGUAUCUAGUGGGUAUGGCUGCCAGAGCUCUAGUUGACUUGGGAAUCCACCAGGACCACCACGCGGAGGCUGCACAGUCUGUUCUCCAACAGGAUCUUCGCCGCCGUGUUUUCCAUUGUCUUUUUAUUCUGGAUAGAGCGACCAGUACCGCCUUUGAUCGGACCUUCUCAUUCUCGGACCAAUCCGUCCAUGUUGCACUCCCAUCUUCUUCCUCUUCCCCCGGAUCCUCUCCUGUCGAGCAAAGCCAUAUUUUCUUACAUAGCUCGGAGCCCGCGUGGAGCAUUGUCAGAAUUAGACAAAUCCUGUCUGCGGCUUAUCAGAGAAAGUAUUUCCAUGAAUUUGAAUCGCCCUCUUUGCCUCCACCGUCGACGUGGAUUCUAUGCUCGCAAGUUCAUGAAUGGUAUAAGAACACACCUCAAGACGCCACUCAAUACUUCCCCAUUCUAUACAGACUAGAGUAUCUUUACACUACUAUCAUCAUUCUGUCGCCCUCUAGUCGCCACCUGCCGCAGUGCAACUACACCAAGUUCCUUUUGUUUAAAAACUGUAUUGAAUAUGUCCGCCAGCUGCAUCAAGUCCUGGAAAGUCAAACUUGGCUGCCUGUCAUCACAUUUCUUGACAUUCAGAGAACCUACCAAAUCAGCCGAAAGUUCAUCGACAUCCUCACUCAGGAUUUUGACCUUAUCAUGAGCCAAUCUGUUCCAGCUUUGCCACAGGUGCCCGACGACUGCCCGACUCCCCCUCUUCUAGACUGUGAAGAUUGUUUGGAUUGCUAUACCCAAGCGCUUGAAUGUCUGACUAAAAUUGGCAAAAUCCUCCAGUUUGGAGUCCGAAAAUGGAAGCUCCACGGUCUACGGCACGAUUUCCAGCAGAGAUCGACAUCUGUUCAAGGAUACUUGCUGACCCCUCCUGCCAUUUAUACCCCGACGCCACCACCCUACAUGACCGUACCGCCCACAGUAAUGUCAUCGACAGAUAUGGGAUAUCGUGGGUUUGGAGUUGGGCAAUAUGAAUCUUAG